UAUUGUUAAUACAAUAUGGACCCAUAAACCAAACCAGACUAAAUUUUAAAGAUCUUACUCCUCGGAAGCCCUGGUGUAGGCAAAUCAGCUAUCUUUAUGAGAUACACCAAUAAUGACUUUAAUGAAAAUUAUAGUCCUACACCAGGUCUGGAUUUUCAUUAAAAGCUGAUAGAAUUGAAUGGUUUAAAGUUGAAGUUAUCAGUAAUUUUAAGGAGUAUAUUUAGAUUUUGGACACUGCAGGAUCUGAGGCAUUUUUAGAAACAACAAGUUAAUAUCUUAAUGGUGCUCAUGGAGUCUUUAUAGUUUAUGAUGUAACUGAUAGACAGUCAUUUGCAAAUUGUUCUAAGUGGAUUUAAGGUAAAACAUUUCAGAAAAAAUAAAUUAGUGGUUGAUAAUUAUCCAAAUAAAAAUAUAGUAAAAAUGCUGGUUGCCAACAAAUCUGACAAAGAAGAUAAGAGAGAAGUAAAAUACGAAGAAGGAUACGAGUUCGCUGAUGAAAAAAGAAUGCCCUUUAUAGGUAAUAUAAAGUUAAUUUAUCAUAGAAACCUCUGCUUUAAGUGGAAGUAAUAUUACACAAGCAGUUUAGAAUUUGUCCACUUCUAUUUUAGUAAAAUUAGGAGUAAUUAAAGAGUAAGCAGCACCAUAAGACUAAUUGGAUCAGGAAUGA